UCUCGAGCCCUCUUGGCAACGGGAGGCGACGUCAGCGGGCCGCGCGCACGCGGAGUGGCGGCAACCUGCUAACGGUCAGAGGCUGCGGCUCCUGCCCCGCGGCAAGGAUACGGCUCCCCCGGGAAGGCGGAUGGCGUGGUCCGGCAGCAGAGCCGGUUUGGCUCCUCCAGCGAUUCAGGGCGACAGCGGCAGCGAGAACGUGGCUUGUCUCAAGUGAUCGAUGCGAGGUCUCGCAGGCUGACGGAGACUUGGUUUUUAACAGGUAAACAUUGCACUAGGGAGAAGACAUCAACUGAAAUAAAGAGCCACGGUUACUUUCAGGAACAGGAAAUUCCAUUUGUGUUUUCAUGUUAGCUAUCCUUGGCAACACAUGUCCUUGUCCAACAAUAUGUCCAGAUUAUGAAGCAAGCUUCAUUCGGUUGAUGGACAAAAUAACAAAUGGUUCCCGCAUUGAAAUAAAUGAAACUGGUACGACACUAUAUUACCAACCAGGGCUUCUGCAUGGAGGAAGGAUUGAACAUGACUGUCACCCACAACGCUCCAUUGGCUAUUACCUGGAAGCUUUGCUCUAUCUGGCUCCUUUUAUGAAGAGACCAUUAAAAGCCACCCUGAGAGGCAUCACCAAUGAUCAAAUGGAUCCUUCUGUUGAUACUCUUAAGAUGACAGCCCUCCCUUUAAUGAAACGGUUUGGUAUAGAUGGUGAAGGACUUGAGCUAAAGGUAGUCCGGAGAGGCAUGGCUCCUGGAGGAGGCGGUGAGGUUAUGUUCUCGUGCCCAGUGCGGAGGUUUUUAAAGCCUAUCCAGUUAACUGACCCUGGCAAAAUUAAGCGGAUCAGAGGUAUAGCAUACUCUGUCAGGGUGUCUCCACAGAUAGCCAACAGGAUUGUUGAUUCAGCCAGAAGCAUUUUGAACAAGUUCCUACCAGAUAUCUAUAUCUACACCGAUCACAUGAAAGGAGCCUAUUCAGGAAAGUCGCCAGGAUUUGGUCUCUCUUUAGUGGCAGAAACAAUAAAUGGAACCUUUCUCAGUGCUGAACUUGUUUCAAACCCUCAAGGUCAAGGGUCACCAGUCCUACCAGAAGACCUUGGCAAGAACUGUGCAAAGCUUCUUUUAGAAGAAGUCUACAGAGGUGGCUGUGUAGAUUCUAUAAACCAGAGCUUGGCUUUAUUGUGCAUGGCCCUCGGACAGCAGGAUGUUUCAAAAAUUCAGAUUGGUUCACUGUCCCCGUACACGAUUGAGUUUCUGCGGCAUCUGAAAAGCUACUUCCAAAUAAUCUUCAAAAUUGAAGCCCAGCCCAUGGAAGAACGGAAAGGUGGAGAUAAAGUAUUAAUGACGUGUAUUGGUGUUGGCUUUUCUAACAUCAGUAAAACUGUCACGUAGGAAGACUACUAUUGCAUCUUAAUGUUUGGCAUGAUUCAUUGUCUAUUUAAACCGUCAAUCAUUUCUAUCUUUGGAAUUUUGUGCACGAAAACUGAUGUUUCACAAGGACACAGUGUUAUUAAUCUGUAACUCGCAUUAUUUUGCCAUUUGGCUUAUACUAAAAACUUGAGAGGUCAACACAAGUUGAUUGGCUUCUUCUGAGAGAUCAGCUUCUGUUUUCUCUUAAAAGUUGUUUGAAGGCUUCUGUUUACUCAGCUAAAAUCUUAUUGUCGCUUAAUGCUACACUGACUGUCAAGGAAUGACCAUUUGGAAUAUCUGUUCUUGGUGCAGUGCUUAUGUUGGCUUUGUUAUUUAUAUUUAUAUUUUCAUUUUGACCCAUUCAGACAUGCUGUUACUCAUCUCUGGAGCUGGUGGGGAUUGAAUCCUGGUCUCCUGGCUCAGAGAUUGGAAAACUGGCAUAAAGCCACAAGACCUCUUAAAAUAGAGACUCCAUUUAGAGAUGCAAAGACAUCAAAUAUUGUUUAAGGUGACAGUAUUUAAUCCUGAUAUCCGAAUCAUGGAUAUGCAUUGUAAGUAGCUGGGGCCCAAGCACUGAUUCUUGCAGUACUACAGGCGACCUCAAAAAGACCCAUUUAUUCCUACACAUUUUUCCUGUCUGACCAGUUCUCAAUCUAUACCAGUACAUUCCUCCCAGUCCUGUGGGAUCUAAUUUUGUCCCUAAUCUUGUUUAGAACCUUCUUAUAAGCGUUUUGAAAAUCCAAAUCUACUGCACCCACUAGAUUUCCCCCCCCCCUUUCGUUAAUUACUGAAAACUCCCAACAAGUGUGUCAAGUGUGCUUUCCCUUUCAUCAAUUAGUGUUUACUGUAUUCAAUCCUCCUCCUAUUUUCUAAGUAUUUUGUUUUUACAUCCUUAUUAUAGAUUCUUGCAUUUUCCUUUCGACUAACAUUAGACUAAAGGAAUGUAGUUCCCUGUUUUCCCUCUCCCUCCACUGUUGAAUAUCCAAUCUAAAGGGAUCAAUCCAGAAUGUAUUGAAUUUUCUACUAUCUCCAUAGCUACUUUUUCACCAAUAGGUUGUAGAUUCAGAUUCAGGAAAUGUACGUACUUUAGGUCCUAUUAAUACCUCUAGUAUUAUGUUAUUUUUAAUUAAAAUCUUGCAGUUUCUUAUUUACACAUUACUACAUUCUCCGUUAUCUCUGGGAGGUAUAUAGUGUUUGUUUAAUUUCUCUCCCAUUUCAUUGUUCCUUUUUAUAACUUCUGACCUUGCCUGCACUUGUUAUGGCUAGUCUUUCCCAGUUCGCAAUUUACAGACCAUUUAUACUGCUUUCUCUAGUUUUCUGAAAUUUUGUUUGCCCUUUCUUGAUCUUUUUCUUGGCUGUCCUUUUGGAAUUCUGAAGUCCUCGCAAUCCUGAAACUUAGCAAUUUUUGACAAUUGUGUAGGCUUUUUCCAAAACAAACCUUAAUUUCUUUUGUUGGCCAUGGUUAGGGUAUUUUCAUUGCUGUGUUCUUGUGCCUUUCGAAAAUAUAUUUUCGAAAGGUAUGUGUUAUUAAUUAAUCGGCCAUCACCUGCCUGUUGCCAUAUAUUUGUGUAGUUUCUCUAUCUACCACAGUCAGUCUGGCCCUCAUAGCUUCAUGAUUUCCUUCAUUUAGAUUGGAGAUUCUAAUUUCUGACUGAAAUGUAUCAAUUUCAUCUUAAUGUAAAAUCUAGCAUAUAGUAAUUUUGAACAUUUAUCAUAUCCCUUGUACUCUACACUAGGCUUGAGAUAAACAAUUUUUUUAAACCAUAGAUUUGCCAGUCCUCAAAUACUGCAAAGAAUUGAACUGCUAAUUCUUAAAGAAAUUGUUCCUCCACAGUUCUACAACAGUCUUUGGCCAAAAGAGAAAAUGGGCAUUCCGCUGUCCUGUGCCACCCAGCACCCAUUCAUUAGGUGAUUGAUUUACUGGUUCACCUGCUUCUGUCCCUUCCUAGCAAAUAGGAGUUCACAGUGGGGAAAUUCCAAUUUCACUGCACUUUGGUUAUGCAAACCUGCAAUUUUAAACAGCUGAUCAUUGUAGCUUUGGUUGAGCGUGAGCACUGUCGCUUCAGACUCAAAAGACUUGAUUUCGAGCCCCAUUCCAGAGACUUGAGUACACAAUUUAGACUGGCGCUUUGGUACUGUGUUGAUUGAGUGCUGCACUGUUGGAGAUGCUGUCUUUCAGAUAAGAUGUUAAACUAAGACUAUCUACUUCAUUGUCUUCUGUCUUCCACCUCAGCCUGCACUUAUUCAAACCUCAGUUACAAUUAAAAGAUGCCACAGCAGUCUGGAAUAAGAACAAGGAAUUUCCUUUGGCGCAUAUCUGUCUGCCAACUAAAAUUGUGGUCAUUCUUUGGUUGCUGUUUUGGGGAGUAACUUGUUGCCUGCAAAUUUGCUGUUCUAUUUCCAGGUGCUGGAAAAAUAACUUCAGUUCAGAGAUUCCUGUAAAACCCUCUGCAACAUUCUGUGGAAAUGGAUAAGAACAGGAAUCAGCCAGUCAAUCCUUCAAACAUGUUUUGCAGUUCAAUUAAAUCACAGCUGACCUUAAUUUACUCUCCUUAUGUCUGCAUGCCUUAAUAUCUUUGCCUAACAAACAUCUUACCUGUUUCAACUGAUCUAAUUUAUACAGAUUUUUUCGGUGUUGCAUAUAUACGUUAUUGUGAAAAAUGUGUUAACUGGCAUCACUUCUGAAUGGUCCAAUUCUAGUUGAAAAUUAUGCCUUUUUUGUGACCCUCCUAUAAGGGGAAAUAAUUUCCUCCUUUUGACCUUUUAAAUCCUUUAAUUUAAAUGCUUCAAUUAGAUUUCGUUUUAAAUUGCUAUACUUAAAUACAAAUCUAUUCAACCUAUCUUCAUAAAAAUUUUGGAAUCAUUCUGGUGGAUCUUUUGAACGCUUUCCAAGACCAUUAUAUCCUCACUGAGAUGCAGUGUCCAGGAUAGAACACAGUAUUCAAUAUAAGGUCUAAACAGAAGGAUGCUACGUGAAUUUCAAGUUAUAUAUUGCUUAUGCACGACUUGAUAAUUCUUAAAAAUGGAACUUGCAAUUAUGUUGAAGAUAAUUCAACAUAAGGUCAAACUUAUUGGGAUUGGAAACUUCAGAGUUUUUGAGAUAACAGGGUGUAGAGUUGGAUAAACACAGCUGGCCAAGCAGCAUCAGAGGAGCAGGAAAGCCGACGUUUCAGGUCAAGACCCUUCAGAAAUUGAUUGACCAUGUUCUAAUGGUUUAUCACUUGUAUACCUUUUUUAGUAAUACAGAAGUUAAAUUGUAAUACUUCAUUCAUUCUUUUCAGUAUGUAUUGUUGCAUUUAUACUGUCCAAUGUUAGUGUCUUCUUACAAUAAAAAUGCCUGCAAUAUGUUAAUAAAA